UCCGGCUCCUGGCCCGGCGCUCCGGCGCGGCUCCGGCUCCGGAGGACAGGACCGCGCGACUGGCCGGCCGAGCCCGGGGCGGCCGCGGAAGCAGGGCCCGGGAUGGCACUCUCGGUGACAGGGCUCACUGUCUUCUCUCUCCUGCAAACUGCCCUCUCCCUGAACCCCGAGGACCCCAACGUGUGCAGCCACUGGGAGAGCUAUGCGGUGACCGUCCAGGAGUCCUAUGCACACCCCUUCGACCAGAUCUACUACACGCGGUGCACAGAUAUCCUCAGCUGGUUCAAGUGCACCAGGCACCGGAUCAGUUACAAGACGGCGUAUCGGCGUGGCCUCCGGACCAUGUACCGGCGCAGGUCCCAGUGUUGCCCUGGCUACUACGAGAAUGGAGACUUCUGCAUACCCCUGUGUACGGAAGAGUGUGUGCACGGCCGCUGUGUUUCCCCGGACACCUGCCACUGUGAGCCCGGCUGGGGAGGGCCCGACUGUUCCAGCGGCUGUGACAGCGACCACUGGGGCCCCCAUUGCAGCAAUCGGUGCCAGUGCCAGAAUGGAGCCCUGUGCAACCCCAUCACGGGCGCCUGCGUGUGUGCCGCCGGCUUCCGCGGCUGGCGCUGCGAGGAGCUCUGUGCGCCGGGCACCCACGGCAAGGGCUGCCAGCUGCAGUGCCAGUGCCGCCACGGAGCCAGCUGCGACCCCCGCACCGGCCAGUGCCUCUGCGCACCGGGCUACACCGGAGUCUACUGUGAGGAGCUGUGUCCACCUGGAAGCCACGGGGCUUACUGUGAGCUGCGCUGCCCCUGCCAGAAUGGGGGCACCUGCCACCACAUCACUGGAGAGUGUGCCUGCCCCCCAGGCUGGACGGGAGCAGUGUGUGCCCAGCCCUGCCCACCAGGGACAUUCGGCCAGAACUGCAGCCAGGAUUGUCCUUGCCACCAUGGAGGGCAGUGUGAUCAUGUGACUGGAUGGUGCCACUGCACAGCUGGCUACAUGGGGGACAGGUGCCAAGAGGAAUGCCCGUUUGGUACCUUUGGCUUCCAGUGCUCACAGCGCUGUGACUGUCACAACGGAGGCCAGUGCUCGCCCACCACUGGCGCCUGCGAGUGUGAUCCCGGCUACAAAGGCCCCCGCUGCCAGGAGCGGCUGUGCCCUGAGGGACUGUAUGGCCUGGGCUGUGCCUUGCCCUGCCCCUGUGAUGCCGACAACACCAUCAGCUGCCACCCAGUAACUGGAGCGUGCACCUGCCAGCCAGGCUGGUCUGGCCACCACUGCAACGAGUCCUGCCCUGCUGGCUACUACGGCAAUGGCUGCCAGCUGCCUUGCACCUGUCAGAACGGCGCCGACUGCCACAGCAUCACUGGGAGCUGCACUUGUGCCCCAGGCUUCAUGGGAGAGGUCUGUGCAGUUCCAUGUGCCACGGGGACCUACGGCCCCAACUGCUCGUCCGUCUGUACCUGUAACAACGGUGGUACCUGCUCCCCCGUGGAUGGCUCCUGCACCUGCAAGGAAGGGUGGCAAGGCCUGGACUGCACCCUGCCAUGUCCCAGCGGGACGUGGGGCCUGGACUGCAAUGAGAGCUGUACAUGUGCCAACGGGGCAGCCUGCAGCCCCGCCGAUGGCUCCUGCUCCUGUGCCCCCGGCUGGCUCGGAGACACCUGCGAACUGCCCUGCCCGGAUGGCACAUUUGGGCUAAACUGCAGUGAGCGUUGUGACUGCAGCCAUGCGGACGGCUGCGAUCCUGUCACAGGCCACUGCUGCUGCCUGGCCGGAUGGACAGGCAUCCGCUGUGACAGCAUGUGUCCACCUGGUCGCUGGGGCCCCAACUGCUCCGUCUCCUGCAGCUGUGAGAACGGUGGCUCCUGCUCCCCAGAGGACGGGAGUUGCGAGUGUGCCCCUGGCUUCCGAGGACCCUUGUGCCAGAGAAUCUGCCCCCCUGGCUUCUAUGGCCAUGGCUGCGCCCAGCCAUGUCCCCUCUGCGUGCACAGCAGUGGUCCCUGCCACCACAUCAGUGGCAUCUGUGAGUGCCUCCCUGGAUUCUCCGGAGCCCUCUGCAACCAAGUGUGUGCUGGAGGGCGCUUUGGACAGGAUUGCGCCCAGCUCUGCUCCUGUGCCAACAACGGGACCUGCAGCCCCAUCGAUGGCUCCUGCCAGUGCUUCCCUGGAUGGAUUGGCAAGGACUGCUCACAGGCUUGCCCACCAGGGUUCUGGGGCCCCGCCUGCUUCCACACGUGUAGCUGCCACAACGGGGGACGCUGUAGCGCCGAGGAUGGGGCCUGCCACUGCACCCCUGGCUGGACUGGACUCUUCUGCACUCAGCGCUGCCCCGCAGCGUUUUACGGGAAGGACUGUGGGCGUGUGUGCCAGUGUCAGAAUGGCGCCAGCUGUGACCACAUCAGCGGCAAGUGCACCUGCCGCACGGGCUUCACCGGGCGACACUGCGAGCAGAGAUGUGCCCCAGGAACCUUUGGCUACGGGUGUCAGCAGCUAUGUGAGUGCAUGAACAACGCCACCUGUGACCACGUCACCGGCACCUGUUAUUGCAGCUCUGGAUUCAAAGGAAUACGGUGUGACCAAGCUGCCCUCAUGAUGGAGGAGCUGAAUCCCUACACCAAGAUCAGCCCGGCGCUGGGUGCAGAGCGGCACUCGGUGGGUGCUGUCACAGGCAUCGUCCUCCUGUUGUUCCUCAUUGUGGUGCUGUUGGGCCUGUUCGCCUGGCGCCGGCGGCGACAGAAAGAGAAAGGCCGUGACCUGGCUCCCCGUGUCUCCUACACACCUGCCAUGAGGAUGACCAGCACGGACUACUCACUCUCAGAUUUGUCUCAAAGUAGCAGCCAUGCCCAGUGCUUUUCCAAUUCCAGCUACCACGCACUGGCGUGCGGGGGGCCUGCCACCAGCCAGGCCAGCACUCUGGACAGGAACAGCCCCACCAAGCUCAGUAACAAGUCCCUUGACAGAGAAACAGCAGGCUGGACCCCAUACAGCUUUGUGAACGUGUUAGAUGCAGGCAAAAGAUGCACUCGCCAUCUGAGAAAGGGACCCUUCCCUGAGCCAGGCCCUGCCAAAGUACUUCUUUUCAAGGACUGCUUCCUCUGCCCUGAUGUCCUGAUCAGUGCCCUGGAGGCCAGGUACCCGCCCGAGGACUUCUACAUUGAACUUAGACACCUCAGCCGCCCCGCUGAGCCACACUCACCAGGUGCUUGUGGAAUGGACAGACGUCAGAACACAUACAUUAUGGACAAAGGCUUCAAAGAUUACAUGAAAGAAUCCGUGUGCAGUUCUAGCACUUGUUCCUUGAAUAGCAGUGAAAACCCUUACGCCACAAUUAAGGACCCACCCAUCCUCACCUGCAAGCUUCCAGAAAGCAGCUAUGUAGAAAUGAAGUCGCCUGUGCACAGAGGGUCUCCGUACACAGAUAUACCAUCCUUGUCGACAUCUAAUAAAAAUAUAUAUGAAGUUGAGCCCACAAUCAGUGUGGUCCAAGAAGGCCUCGGUCAUAACUCCAGCUAUAUCCAGAAUCCAUACGACCUACCUAGGAACAGCCAUAUUCCUGGUCAUUAUGACCUCCUCCCAGUAAGACAAAGCCCUGCCAAUGGGCCCUCCCAGGACAAGCAGUCUUAAGAGAGAAGCCUUUCUCUUGCAAUGUGCUCUGCUGAAUAUUCUGACUCUCUGAAAGAAGACAAUCCCUUGACUUGAAAUAAUGACACAGACUGACUUCAGCUGCGUGUUAGUUAUUACUUUCACCUGGAACUAAAGAAGAGCUUCCAAGUGGGACUGGGGUCAUUGUUCAACAGGUCUGUUCACAAAGGCAAAUCCUAUCCACCCACCCACACCCAACCCAAAAUGCC